AUGCAUCAAGCUCGAGGCCAAUGCCACUCCUUACGUGUUUGUUCACACGUUCAACUGAAGCUGAACCAAAUAGCACUCCUCUCAGUACCACCGUCUCCUGGCGCAAUCGUUCCUACUGCUGCAACCGGAGACGGCCUUCAGGCAGGCAUGGCCUCCCCUCAAUUUCAGGCCGAUUCUCCUCCAGAUGCAGAAAGUCUCGCUUCAGGCCCUGGACCUGCAGAAGCACCAUACAGCGGGAUGAACCAAAAUACCUUCAUACUAUGUAACCUGCUUCCGUCUGAUGCUCCUGUGGCUGGAUCAUACUCUCGUACCCUCUUAGGACUGGGUUUUGGCUAUCCAAUCUGGGAACCUCUCGCGAACCUCGAUGUCCCAGAACCGCAUCAAAUGCGGGGCGUGAGCAUUGGCGAUGUUGGUAUCGUCAGCGCUACCGGAAACUUCGCGUAUGGGUUUAACAUAUUUCAUUCUUCCGAAGACCCGAUAAAUUUGGGUUGUACCCCACCCAAUUUCGUGCCAUUGGAGUUCCCUGAGCCUUCGCAAUUAACGCGAGACGACGCUCAUUUCCCCCCCAUGACUAUUCUCUCGAGUAGAACAGUGGAGGUUACACGCGUCAAGGAAUCUCCCAUUCAUAUUUCGUUUUCCCCAACGGCCAAAGAGGGAGCGGCUCUUGUCCUCCCUCAUGGUGGUUUCCGCGAAGAUGUCAUAUCGACAGAGCAUUUGCGAAAGUAUCUUGUCGAACAUUCCCUCGACUGGUACCAGCACUUGGUGCAUGUGUCAGCUGCGCUGGUCCACAAUGCGAGCCUCUACCUCGUGACGGGAUGCGAUAAAACAGAGUCAUGGCAUAUGGCAAAUCUGAGAGGCGGUUCUGCAGAUUUCAAGGAAGGGUCCACCAAGAACGGGGAGAUCCACUAUGAUUGGGUCCGCGGAGCGAACAGCCGUUGCCGGUCCAUGCACUUGGAGGACGGAGACGGCCGGUUAUUCACCCUUUUCGUACGUGGCAUCAAGGUUGCUCUCCCAAAUCGUGUCUGGAGGCAUAAGGUUGAGGAGACCUCGCCUGAGGAUAUCCCUUACUACGACGUGUUGGCAACAUCCGUUGACAUCUAUCAUGCAAAGGUAUUGCGCUGGCUGGAUUACAUUGCCAAGGGUCGAAACACAUGGCAAUCAAGACGAGAGGUUCCAUUCCACCCCUUCCAUGUUCUUGCACGGAUUCUUCAUGAAGAGUCUCCUCAUGCGGUCCUUUCACUCAUGGAAGACUCUAUCUGGACAAAGCACAGCGGCGUGAUGGUAGAUGGGUCUCUCAGAGAGAUCACCCGACUCCUCGCCAAGAUCCUCGCUUCCCAUGAUAUCAAAACUGUUGACAAAUGUGUCAUGUUCGUACCUAAACCCGAACCCAACCCGACGCAGGUGAAGGAGCCAGGGCUCGUGCAGAGGAUUGUCGGGAGAAUUAAAUGGGAGUUGACCCCCGAGGAGAAGGCUGCGAAACGGGUUGCGGCGAUCCUCCGGCGCCAGAGUUGA